AGCGCUACUAGUAACACACACACAGUUAAAGUAUUAUGCCUUUUGCAUACAUAACUGCAUAUAGAAAAUUCACACCAUAAUUUUGGAUAUCUUUACGUGUAAAUUUAGAAAAGUUAACCAGCAAUGACCGACGAUUCCAAUGGGGAAUCAACAUUUGAAUUUGUUGAAAGAAAGACGGAUGAAUCGUCCGCAUCGGGAGAAAUUGUGAAAACAGAUUCUUUCAGCAGUUUAUCUUCAUCCACAUCUUUGUUAAUGCCAUUAGGUGUAUCAACAUCUACCGGAAAUUUGUUAUCAAACGUAGCACCGCCUAGUGCAUUACCUAGCUUCAUUUCAAAUCAUGGAAUGACAGUAUCUGAAAAAUCCACCAAUUUGCAAAUACCAAUGCAAAAGAAACAUCAUGAAUCUGAACCCAAUAAAUCAAUGUUAAAUACCACUGUGCAACCUAAGGUAUUGCAGCAGGAACCGCAUCAGGUGACUACAUCUACUACUGUAACUCCGUCCAUACAAAAUGUGCAAAAUACAGUGCCACCAGAAAGUUUGAUACAGGAUACAGGAAUUGUUGGCGGUGGUCUCCUAUCAUGGGUUAAAGAAACAGUAGUGAAUAGCAACGUUUUAAGUAAAGUUGCUGAAAAAGCAAAAAACAGUAUGAACACAAUGAUCACAACAUUAGAUCCUCAGAUGCGUGAGUUCAUUUAUUCUGGUGGUGAUAUGGAGAUCGUGGUCGCAUCUGAUAAAGAUGCGAAAAUAAGUCCUGUGCGUCAAGCUUUCCAGACCGUUUUUGGAAAAGCAACAGUGACUGGUGUAGCAGUAGAAAGUUCAGCUGUUGCUGCCCAGCCAGUUGGUUUUGCUGCUGGAGUAAAAGGAGCAGAAGAGAGAAUCAAUUUUGCACGAAAUAUUCAAUCACUUCCAAAGGACAUACCUAUAAUUGCUGUAGAAAAUUUUUUGUUAGAAGUUGGUGAAGACAAGUGGUAUGAUUUAGGUGUAGUACUUCUGAACGACCCUAAACGCAACGUGAAUUUACAAACGUUCACCCAAAUGACGCCAGUACCAAGCCAAAUAGUGACAAUGGCACAGGAAGCUACACCUGAAGACUAUCCUCUGAAAUGGUCCGGCUUGGCAGUUACUGUCGGUAGCUUAAUGGCGAGCAGUUUACAGAUUCCUCAUAACGAAUGGCAUCACGCACUUACCGGGAUUUCUAGAAGAGACAUUAUACUUUUAGCCGUUCAAUCGCUAGCUGGAAUUUACAAAAAUACAAUUAAUCCGGUGUAAAUCUUUACGAAGAUGCCAAUGCAAUUUACCAACAUCUUGCGAUUUUGCUCGUACUUUUAACAUGUACCUAACAUUUUAAUGGAUCACUGAAAUCAGGAUAUUCAUUUCAGUUAAGGUGGCAUAUUUACUAACUUUAGUAUUUAUAAAUUGAAAAGUGUAUUUUAAUUAUAUGUGGCAAUAUGUACAAAAAAAAAUUAAUAGACUACAAAAGAAAAAUACAUUAAAAAAAUAGGUCUGUUAUAUGUAUUUCAUCACACUCCAAUUAAGCACAUCGAUAUGGUCAUAUACUUUAUUUUAUAAUUAAAAUAAAAUUAAUUCAUAAUUUGCAA